UUCUCCGAUCUCUCUAUUUAUUUAAUGCACAAAAAAAAAAAAAAAAAAACCUUUUCCAAAUCCAAGAAAUCUGGUGAUCCUUUAGGCUUUUUAGGUUCGGUUUUCUUCCUGUUUGUUUCCUGAGAAAAUUAAAAAGAAAAAGAGCAAAGAAUCGACAUGGAAUUCCAUUGGUUUCAGCCGCUUGUACUUUAUGACUCCGCCGUCUUGGGUCGUCGGAAUUUGGCCGAAGUUUCAUGUUUCCGAUCAAUGCUUCAGAUUACGAUGCUCUAGUUUUCUUCAUUUUCCUGGAAAAUCAAGCUAGGAUUAGGACGAUACAACGAGUACACGAAACAGAUUGAUGUUCGAAAAGGCGAUGAAGCAUUUGUUCUUCAAGUUCAAUGAACUAACAAAGUCUAUAACUUCUAAGAAAUGGAGAAACUCUGAAAAUGCUUCUGUUGUAAGUGGAAGAGAAGCUGCAGAAGCAAUGGCAAAGUCUGCAAAGAAGAAGGAUCUGAUCAUCCAUGGUUCCGGGAGUAUAAAUAUUGAUGGUUCGAGCAAUUUUGUCUCGAGCUUUUCCAAGAGGGGUGAGAAAGGAAUCAAUCAGGACUGCUGCAUUGUGUGGGAGGAAUUUGGGUGUCAAAAAGAUAUGAUAUUUUGUGGGGUUUUUGAUGGCCAUGGACCAUGGGGCCAUUUUGUUGCAAAAAAGGUUAGAGAGUCAAUGCCGAUUGCUCUACUUUGCAAUUGGGAAGAAGCACUUGUUCAAACUUCUCUCCACCAAGAGUUGGAACUCAACUCAACUAAAACAAAUCUACACUUCAAUUUGUGGGAGCGUUCUUAUAUAGAAGCAUGUGCUGUGGUCGAUCAAGAACUUGAGCGUCAUCGUAAAAUCGACACAUUUCACAGUGGAACAACAGCCCUUUCCAUUGUUCGACAAGGUGAUACAAUUGUCGUUGCAAACCUUGGCGACUCUCGAGCCGUGUUGGCUACAACUUCUAAUGAUGGAAAUUCAAUGUUGUCACCUAUUCAGCUCACUAUCGAUUUCAAGCCAAAUCUACCUCAAGAGGCUGAGAGGAUAACACAAUGCAAUGGGAGGGUUUUUUGCUUGCAAGAUGAACUAGGGACUCAACGUCUUUGGUUGCCGAAUGGGAAAACGCCAGGGCUAUCAAUAUCGAGAUCGUUUGGCGAUUUUUGCGUUAAGCAUUUUGGACUUAUUUCCAUGCCUGAUGUAACACAAAGAAGUGUAACCAACAAAGACUUAUUUGUUAUACUUGCAACUGAUGGGAUAUGGGACGUGGUUUCCAAUCAAGAAGCUGUGCAGAUCGUACAUUCGACGGUAGAUAGAAAAAAAUCUGCUCAACGAUUGGUUGAUUAUGCAACUUGUGCAUGGAAGCAGAAGAGGCCUGGAAUUGCAGCAGACGACAUGUCAGUUAUUGUCCUUUACCUCCAUUCUUCACCCUUGCAUCAACAAUCUUUUGGUAUAUCGUAGCAACAUUUUAAAAACCAAAUAAGAAUAUCAACGUUGAUGUAUGCUCACUCUUUUAGGUUACUUCUUACCACAAAAUGUUAACGUAAAAAUGACAUGCAGUUUUAAUCAUACCACAUUGAUGAUCAUGAUUUCAACGAGUUUUGAAUCAUCC